AUGUCUCCCGCUAUCUCGCGGCUCUCGCCAAGCAAUACUGUGCUACUGUUAUGUGAUCUGCAAGAAAAGUUCAGGCCAACCAUUAAAUACUUUGAUGCAAUUGUUAAGGUCAGUAAACGUCUCAUUGACGCUGCAAAUCUGUUUGAAAUGAAAAUAAUCGCAACUGAACAAUCUCCGAAAGAUCUUGGGCAUUCCGUAAGUGAACUGGAGCUUGCCAAGCAUAACGUACAGGUGUUUGAAAAAACGAACUUCAGUAUGUGUAUUCCGCCAGUGAUUGAAGCUCUUGGUUCGGCGAAGUCGGUGAUUUUAUGUGGCAUCGAGACACACGUUUGUAUCCUGCACACUGCUUUCGAUCUGCUCGAAAAAGGAAUCAAUGUCCACAUGGAGCGCGCUGGUGCAGUACUGACAACGAGUGAAUGUGCUAUUCUUAGUUUGCUUGGAAGUUCAGAUCAUCCAAAGUAUCCUGAAGUACAAAAAAUGAAGUAA